AUGGCCGAUACCGCCGCGCAAAUCGAGACCCUCCAUGCAGAGCAGCAAACCCGCGACGAAGCCAGUGCCAACGAACUGCAAAAGUUGAAUGAAGCGCACUCGGGCUGUGCGCUGACCCACAAGGCCAUUCAGGACAAGCUGGACACCCUCACCCAAACGCACAUUGCCACGCGGCAGCAGGCCGCAGAACUGCGCGACUCCCUCACUACGUGCCAAAUGAUGAUCGGGACAUUGGAGAUUGAGAACGAUUCCUUGGAAGCGCAGAUCAAGAAAAAUGCCCAGGCCAUGGAAGAGUUGGCGGAGCAGCACAAAGCGAGUCAGUCGGAGACAGAAACCAAGCAGCAGGAGCUUGACGCAGAAAACACCAGGCUUGCACAAGAGCUAUCGGAGCUGAACCAAAGCCAAACCCGGGCGAAAGAGUACGAGGGCGAGAUCGCACGAUUCAAGGAGCAAAUCGCGAGUCUCCAGGACAAUGUGGAGAGUGCCGGCGCUGCGUCAGAGGAAGCCGCAGCUGCUACAGCUGAGAAGAUGGCAGAGGUGGAUGAACUGGUAGGAAAGCUCAACGAAUGCACUCAGCAAGCAACGAGGUACACCACACAGAUCGAGACACUCGAGGAGCAGUCAAAGGCGUGCCAAGAGCAACUCGACGGCAAAAGCCAGGAGAAGGAGAGACUCCAGAACGACAUGGACACGGCGGUGCAAGAACAUGAAGCGAAACAUGCAGUUCUCUUGGAUGAGCAGAGUGCACUGAAAGCAAGGGUGAAGGAGUUGGAGGAAGAGCUUCAGAACCAGCAAGCGACGUUGGAAGCGAAAGUGAGAGGGUUGGAGGCAGAGCUACUCGACCGCGACAACAAGAUCAAGCAACUGGAGGAGGAACUGGGAGGUGUUGAGCAGCGGCAAAAGCCAUCGACAACGGUCUCUGAAACAAUGACAGAUGAGCCGGUGGUCUUGGCAGAUGCAUCCACCGCCACCAGCAUGGGGGCACCGGCCGGCAGCCCUAUGGCAACGGCAGAACGGGUGGCGGAACUGGAGGGUCUCAACAGAGAACUCGCGGUGCUGAAUGGCCAGUGGAAAGAGGCAGGUCGUGGGUUCAUCGAGCGACUUGGUGUCAUUCGCGACUGGAUGGGUGGGGCUGAGAAGGGAAAGCAGCAAGCGCAGGAACCAUUGGUGUGA